AUGUCACGCCUGAGUCCGCAUCUGGAGCAAAUCAGCUACUCCUGUCAAGGAAUCGACUCUCUUCCCUUCCCGCCUCCCAAAAUAUUCACCAACGCGCUCCUCUCCGCCCCCGACAUCACCUCUCUGAUCCGCGACACCGAACCCCACGAGCGCGCCCUAUUCUCCGUUCCCCCGCCACCUCCUCCUCUCGCCCAUACCAAACGCGCUGCCUCCGUCUCUGCCUCUGACGACGCGAAACCCGCGGCUAAGCGCCGCCAGACCGUCUUCAACGUGACGGCGACUGGCGACGUAACGACUGGCGGCGGCGGCGGCUCGUCCACACGCGCGGCGGCUCAGCCCCGGAAACACACGGCCGUAGCGGCGGUGCUGGGCGGCGCGAUGCACGAGCGGCUGCGGGAGGACCGUCGAGGGGGUGCGGUGGUGGACGUGGAGGUGCUGCUACGGGGCGCGGAGACGCUGUGCGGUGUGUAUGAGCUGCCGGGCGCGCGGGAGCGCAUCGCGUCGCUGAGGGCAAAGUAUAGGAAUGGGAAAGAGACGGUGGAGUACUAUGAGGGCAAGGUGGCGGAGCAGGGAGCCGAGUUGGCGAGUCAGAAUCGGGACUGGAUGGCGGAGGAUGAGGAGGAGGAGGGGGAGGAGGGUGAGGGGGAGGAUGAGGAGGGGGAUGUGUGGACGGAGGAGGAUUUGAAGAGGGAAGAAGAAGAGGCGAGGGAGCUGGAGACGAAGAAGAGGGUACUGCAGGCAAGGUUGAGAAACAUGGAAAAGGAUCUGGGUGGGUUGAAGAAUAUGUAG